CAAAGGCUCUCCCACUGCCCAGUUGGCAAACUGCUAUUGGAAGCUUUGAACAUGACUCAAAAACUACGAAACCUUCCACCGUCAACAGGAUCUAAACGGUCCUUGUGUAGCCCAUUCCUCUUUAUUCAGUAAUAUUGUGUGACGGCAGUAGAUCUAUUCCAAUGUUUAGCUUCGAGAUCUGUCUGAGGAGUUACCAGGAUAAUCCUUUUCUCAUAGGCACAAGGCGAAGUGGAUUAAUUCACGUGACUACAUAUCCCGAUUGGGAAGUCAGCCGCAGAUAGGUCAGGUGUCCGCUACCGUGUCAACGCGACGCUUCUACCAAGAGCUCGGUUCAACCUUGCCAUCUGGCUACACCACCCAUUAAGUAUCCAAUACCAGUCCGAAUCAACGAUAUUACUUGUCGCAUGGUCGCAUGACUGCUGACGACUAAUAUAAAUUUUUUCAAUCCUACGCGCUGGACCCGCGCCAUCCGCUCAUCUCCUCCGUCGCUAGUAUCGCGCUCAACGAAUCGCCGCUCAUCUCCGAACGCUAUCGACCAUUGACGAUCCAUUCCAUCAAAAAUGGCCACCGACUACGGCAAGAAGACCAAUGCUGAGCUAGUGGAGAUCCUCAAGUCUCGCUCCUUGCCUCAUACUGGCAAGAAGGCAGAGAUGGUUGCCCGCCUGCAGGAGGAUGAUAACAGCAAGGUUCAGACUGCAGUGCCGGCCGCAAAAGCCGAUAACGCAGAGGAUGUGAUUGACUGGGAGGAUGAUGAUGUUCCUGCCGCAGAUGCUGCCGCAACGAAGCCCUCGACCGAGGCUGGUGCUGCUACGAUCGCUGCUGGCGGCCAGGCCGCUGUCUCUAACCCUUCUGCAGUUCCGAACCAGCAGCAAGACAUCAAGCCCGCUACUACAGACGAUCUUAAGGUAGAAUCUAACGGGGAUGCGGCCCCCACUGCACAAGAGGGAACCGAGGCAGCACCUCCUGAAGUGGCUGAGACGACUGAGGCAGCUCCGGCUGAGGAGAAGCCCGCGCCGGACUACUCCAUUGGCCUUUCCGUUACUGAUAUGGAGGAGGAGUUGAAGAAGCGUAAGGCUCGUGCCGAGAAAUUUGGUAUUACUGAAGAUUCGAAGACCGCUAUUGAAGAAGCGGAGAGAAAGCUCGAGAGGGCCAAACGGUUUGGUGCUGCUCCCGAGGAACCGGCUACAACUGGAGUUAGCAAAUUGGACCAGGCACUUCCCAGCGAAAAGACCCGCAAGAGGGGUCGCGGCGAGAAUGAUCAAGGCAAGCGGGGAGGCAAAAGACGGGAAUUCGGUGGGAGGAACAGGAAUCAGAAUCAGAAUCAAAAUCAGAACCGGCGACGGGGUCCGAGUAAUCGUAACCAAGGUCAAAACCAACGCAGCAAUGAGAAGCCUGCCAGCAGCUUGAGUGAAAAGGAUAAGCUCGCUUUGGAGGCUAGGAAGAAGCGAUUUGGAACCGCUGCGUGAUUAAUUCCAUGUUUUUUACCACUUUGUUUUUCUAAAUCUGGUGCAAUCUCAUAGGCGUUUUGAGGGAAUCAUUACUGUGGAAUCUUAGUCUAUGCAUUUACCAUAUUACACGGCACGUCUCUCCAUUUUUUUUUUUUUUCCUUUCCUUGUUUUAGAAAGUGCCCAGCAAUAUCGGGUCAACCUCAAUAGUCAGAAGCAAUACGAGACACUCGUACUACUUACAGAGUACGUACAUA